GGAAAAGAAGAAAGACAAAAGCAGAGAGGGGGGCAGGAAAGAGAGGAUGAUAAUACCAAAGAGGGAAAAAUGAGACAAUACGAGAGGGUGUGUGAAAGAGUGUGAGAGAGAGAGAGAGAGAGCGUAGUGACAUCACAUGUAAUCAACAAAACCAAAUAUCCUGACAUGUCGUGGCUACCUUCAACGCUAUCAUGUUUCUUGCCUGUCGGGAGCUAUUGUUGCUUCCACUGGUCUUAAUGUUUACUUAUCUAUUCAAAAUCUCAUUAUAGAAUCCUUUUUUUUUUUUUAAAGUAGUUCACUAUAUUUGUGUAUUCUUCAUCUCUUAGCCUAUAUAGAUAUACUUCUGUAAUUGUAUUUCCAAUGCACUCUCUACAUAUUAUAAUUUCGACCCUGGACACACUCUGACCACAACGCUGCUGUGAUUUUACAAAUCAUUAAUCUUUACCUCCUUAAUACAAACUCAUUUUAUGCAGCACAUUCAAUCAAUUUUGUAUAAGUUCUCAUAUAAUAACCAACACAUUCAAAGUAUUACAAACACAUCAGUUUAUAUAACGAGUGAAAAAAUACUGCUUUAUGUUACUUUGUAUGUUUUACACGUUCAAUUCAGCUGGUUGACAUUUGUUUCUGUUAUUUCAUGGAAUUAAUACAAUUGUAUACCUAUUAAAAUGGUGGAAAUAUAAUUAUUACGCUUUCAUUACUGAAAUGGGAAAAUCACUUGAUUUUUAUGCCCUGGUGAACUUGUUAAUGCUGUAAUGAAACUGAAAUUCUCAAGCAAUCGAGACCAUGACUGUACUUGCAUAUUCCUUUGGAUAUUUUGAAUAUUGAAAGAAACCAAAAAAAGUCAAAAUGAGUAUGCUUACUGUGGAGGAGUGUGAGCUCCUCGGAGACUCUAAGUAUCGCUCGUACAUAUCGCAAGUCGAAAAGGCUCUGAAAUACUUUGAAACAACCAGUGAAUGGGCUGAUUUAAUAUCAGCCCUGGGAAAACUCAAUAAGGUAUUGCUGUCACAUAUGAAAUACCCUGUCAUCCCCAAAAGAGUGAUAAUCGGUAAACGAUUAGCCCAGUGUCUUCAUCCAGCUUUACCAAGUGGUGUCCAUCUGAAAGCUCUUGAAACCUAUGAUAUCAUCUUCAAAAGUAUUGGUCUUGAGCGUUUGUCCCAAGAUCUCUUUAUCUACACUGCAGGUCUUUUCCCCCUCAUGAGUUAUGCUGCCAUGAAUGUGAAGCCAGUUCUUUUAGAUCUCUAUGAGUGCCAUUUUGUACCUUUAGGAAAACAUAUAAAACCAGGUCUAAAUGGACUUCUACUUGGAUUGUUACCUGGCAUGGAAGAGGGUUCAGAACUAUCCUACAGGUGUGAUAAAUUGCUGGUGGAUUUCAGUCAGGUGACUGAUGAGAGUUACUUCUACAGUUGUAUGUGGCAGUGUAUCUACACCUUCCCUGCUGCUAGACUUCAGGCAAUCACUUUCUUAUUGACACACUACAAUAAAAAGCAGAGCAUGGAAGAUCAGCUGUAUAUGAUGGGCCUUAAUAUCGACCUCAUGGUACAAGCAGCAUGUACAGCUGUUCAAGAUAGCAUUGUCCUAGUUCAGAGAAGUCUGUUAGAUUUUCUCUUGAUAGCAUUCCCCAUGCAUAAUGCUCAGUUGACCAAAGCUGAUAUGUUGAAGAUUCUGAAAGCUUCUGUUACUGUAAUACUACGCAGGGACAUGUCUUUAAAUCGAAGAUUGUAUGCUUGGUUGUUGGGGACUGAUUGUAAUGGAGUCCCUUUAGCAGGUGCAAUUGAUGCUCGGCAACGUCACUCUACUAUGUCUAAUGAUUCAGUUGAGAAUAAUACUGCUUCCAGUGAAGGAGAAAAGGACCAAUCUUACUUUCAUACUUUUUCAAAAGACUUACUUGUCUUAGCUCUGAAAGCACGACUUUAUGAAAGUUCUUGCACACCAGAUAAUCCUAAUGAUGAGUCAUCUGCAAAAGCUUCCAUUUUACAGCCAUUCCGAAUUCUCAUCAGUCUUUUGGAUAAACCUGAAAUUGGACCGGUGAUCUUAGAAAAUGUGCUAUGGGCUAUUUUCCGAAGUCUUUAUAAAGAGUGUAAAGUUCCUUCAUCAAAUUCUAAGACAGCUUCCCCACAACGUGAUGAGAAAGUUAUUACUGAACUUCUGAAGACUGCUAAUUUGCUUUUUAACUCUUUUGAACCUUUUUAUAUUUGGGAUUUUAUUGGAAGAAUGUUUGAAUUGGCCUGCCAGAAGAGUUCUAUGCAGGUUCAGACAGCAAAAGUUAACCAUUCUGAUUUAGAAUCUUCCUCUGACAUGCCUGAUUUCAUCGAACUUUGUGAAUUGUGUAACUUCCUUCUUGAUGUUAUUUCAUUAGAAACAUAUUUGGAAACACAGACAGAGUUUCUUCCAAAUCUUCUUCGGAGAAUGAUAACAUCAUUGAUACAUUGCAGUGAUAAGCUACAUAGCAAUCAGAUAAUGUAUAGUCUUAAGUUGUGUGAUAAAAUUUUAACUCGUGCCCAACCAUCCAUGACAGUCAUUGAGACUGGGGAUCAAGAAGAGGUUGUAAAUAAUGUAUUUUCUGUGGACAACUACUCAAAUGAAAGACAAAAAUCAGAAAGUUCAGCAAGUUCAACUAGUGAAGAUCUUACUAUUGAAAGUACUGAUUCAGGUGCCUUAAAUGAUUUUGAAACUCUUUCAAGUCCUCAGAUUCUAAAAUGUGACACUGAAUCAGUCACUCAGAAUUCACAAAUUGAGAUGACUGAACGUACACCUAUAAACCAUGUAGCAAAUCUGAGGGCAACAUUCUACAGGAUGACCAAUUCUCCAAUAAAAUCUGCUGACAAAAUAGUCAGUGCUCCAUUGACUCUAAUGCAAGCUUGUGUUCAGUGUUUCCAAGAUUUUUUUCAUACUUUUGUAUCUCAUAGAAUAUUCAAUGAAGACACUUCUGUUAACAAUCUCCUAGACUCAAUCACUUUACCUGUGGAUUCAAUACGCUGUUCAGAUAAAGAUUCUGUGAUUGGUAGCUCCUCUUCUGUCUACAGCCAAGAUGAAACUUUACGCAAGCAAAGUAUGGAAAGCAGAUUACCUCAGAAGAUAUCCGUAAAAUCAGAUUCAGAUUUUUGUGAGGCGUUUACAUGGGCAUGUCGUCUACUCGUUGAAUUUGCCAGUUUCCCUAUUUAUUGUACAGAUUAUCACAAAAUAUUAGAACAGUCUUUCCAACAAGAAGAGGACUCUGCACUACCCCCAUGGCUGCAAGAUUUGAUUCUUUGUAGUUGCUUUGUUGACAAUUUCCAUAUUCAAGUAGCAGCAAUUUCUACAAUGCUGGAUUUGGUUAGUCUGACUCAGUCAGUAGAAUGUGAGUCUCGUAGCAAAGAUGAUGGAGGCAGUGAACGGAAGCCGUCAUCUGGCAAUGAUGGUGGAACCAUAUCAGUAGUUAUUUUGCCAGCACUGCUGCCCAGGCAUCUCAAAUAUCUUAAUAACAAUACCCUUUUCUAUCAGAUGGUUGCACAAAAUUUAUGGAAUCAUCUUGAUGCAUCUACUUCUAAUAAUCAUCAAAGGAGUGUGGAAUUAUUCCAGCAACUGCACCAAGUAACACCAAACAGUUGGGUCUGUGAAGAUGUGAUUGGCAGUGCUCUUGUUGGAGAUGAACCGAAUAAACGUAUUGAAGCUUUCCGAAAAUUUACUGUUCUCUGGCAUUUAAUCCGUGAUAAGAAAACUAGUCGUGCCCCUGGAAUGCCUCUCAGAACAUUUGAUCGGUCAAUGUUUGCAGUAUUAGAUAGUCUCCGUGAAGAUACAAGUUCUGCGAAAACACUAGCUAGUACUUGGUUAAUGCACACUAUACAGCGUGGUGGCAUUUACAGAAUUCUAGAACCUACCCUUCUUAUUCUCUUACAUCCAGAUACCGCCAGAAUAUCCAUACAACAUGUAAAUAUCCAUCAACCCCAAAAAGUGAAGCUAUCAGAUGUGGAUGAGGAUAAAUCAGACACCAAAAUCUUUGCCAUCAGUAGCGAAGGGGGAAAUGUUAUUUAUCAUGUUAGUUCUAAGACCAAAAAUAUCUCAAAGAAGAAUGUUGAAGAGCUGAAAUCUUUUGCUCUAACUGUAAUGAACGAAAAAGGAUCUGGUGUUUUGACUGCUUCAACUAGAGCACAAAUUGAUAUGCCCUUUGACAGGGUGAACCCAGAGAAUCUCAAGCUCCGAAUCAAUCCCUUUGGUGGAUCAGAAAAUUCUCUUGAUCGGCUUAUAUUUGAUGGAUUUGAGCUUCCACCACCUGCUCAAAAUUUUGAUCUAAGAAGCAUCCGACGUUUAACAAAGGAAACUUGUUUAAAGGAAGGUAUAUAUUUUGAUGAGAAGGACCAACUGGAUAAUACUGAUCCCAUAGAAGAUCAGACUACUGGGGUUAAGCAAGAGUUAGCUGGCACAGUCACUGAUGAUCCAUCCAAUAAUGUGGUCACUGUUGAGGAACCUGCUGGUGAGACUAGUGAAAAUAUUGUCACUGGCAUUCUGGAUGAUCUUGUUAACAAAGUAACAAGGGAGCCACUGCUUUUGAGCAAACAAGUCGAUAUUCCCGACGAUUUCUCUCUUCCAGAUGGUAAAUCUGGCUCCAUGUCUAAAGACAGUAGCGUCCUUGAUGAUGAGGAUCUCCUGAAUGCUAUUGAUAAGAGAGGAUUAGAGAUUGAUUCUCCAACUGGCAGUGAAUCCGAUCUCUCUAGACCAUUUGGUAGAUCAUCAAAUAACAUUAGCAACAAUUUAGAUGAAAAUGAAGAAGAAGCUACAGGUAUACACACAUUGCAUAUGCAUAUACUUCUCUAUGUGCAGAAAUACGACUGUCAGCAAACUCUCUAUGCGCUAUCAACCCUCAAGUCUAUGCUUGUAACAUGUCCUCGGCUCAUGGUUACUGCCAUGGCAACAACCAGCAUCAGUAACAACAGAUUACAACAGUUGCCAAAAUUGCAGAUGCUUCUAGCAAGGCACCGAAAAUCAGUUUUUGGAAAUAACUUCUUUGGAGAAUUACCAUCGGAUGUGAUAUCAAACUACCGGACAAAUAUGUACUUAGAAAUUGUGAUUUCUCUUUGUUUAUACUUCAUUCGAUCAUACUAUCCAAAUCUGAUGAUGAGCAAGUUAUCACUUGAAGAACUUCAUGGUAACAAAGAGGUUCACAUACUCAGUGCUGAAAUUCUAACCCAUCUCGUAUCAGAGUUAAUCCAUAUAAUGAAAGAAAGUGGUAAAAGUUUUGUCUCUUACAUCAGUGAUCUUUUGAUGAAAUGCAAGCUGCAGAAAGCUAUUCUACACUCUGUUUUGGCAAGUGUCUACAAUUCACGCCAGAUAUCAGACAGUGUCAUGCAUCGAGUGAGUUUCACUGAAACUAUUAUAUCCUUUAACGAGGACAGCUUAGAACAAAGUGCUAAUGAAACUUUUCAAAUAAAGCUAUUAAACCUGUUGCUUGUGAUGAUUAUGUUGGAGGGUCAUAUUCAGUUAAUUAAGGGAAGUCCUAAUCAAACCAGUGGGGAUUCAGCAAAUAACGAUAAUACAUCUUCAUCCGUUGACUGGGAUCGCACAAAAGUAAACUUUAAUCCUUCUCUGUCACGUGUACGUUAUAACUCAGGACGGCCCAUUGUACAACAAGGCAUGUUUUUGUCUGCAGUUCUUAGUGCGCUCAAGCAAUCUCAUAGAGCUCAUAUGCAUCGUCACUGGAUUUCCAUGGUAACAGCUGCCCUGCCACAUAUGGGAAAGGCCAUGGCUUUGGUUGUUAUGAAUGUUGUUUCACAGCUUUGCCGCAACCUUGAAUCAAUUUCAUCUUUGUAUACAACUCCAAAGGAUGAAAGGAAGCAACAGAUGAAGAGUCUUCCUCCAGACCAUGUGUUGACUAUGUUAGAAGGAUUGACCAGAAUUUGUCACUAUUGUCUUUUGGACAAUAGUUCCCCUGUCUUAAUCAAUCAACACAGCCUGCCUAAUCUGGGGAUUCAAUCUGCUGUGGAUUCAUAUACUGCUGGCCAGAUCCUCACCAAUUUAAUCCAUGUAUUCAAUCCAGUCAGUGGUAGUCGGGAGGCCAAUUCCCAAAGUGAUGCUGCACUUUUAGUACCACUUUUGGAAGCCCGCACACACCUUUUAAGUAUACUUCCACGUAUAAUUGGGUGUAUGGCUACUUUAUGGAAAGCUAUCAAUGAAUCAGAAGAAAAUUUAGCUCUUCAGCAUAACUGGAUUAUAGGGGCACCCAAGGUUGUUCGUUCAUAUAUUUUGGAAUUUCUCAGUCCUGUUGCUGUUCCUCAUGGCUGCAAUUUACUUGGCUCUGUUGCUGUUGCCUGGAAUGACAGAAGACGAAAAGUUCCUGGCUAUAAUAAAAAGGUAAUACCAGUACCUUGCGAAGACCAACUUCUAUUAGUUCAAUUAGUGGAUGCCAUAAAAGUGUUACCAACUGAUACUUUGGUACAAACAGUGAAACAAGUACUUAAACAACCACCACCUUGUGAUCUUGGACAAACAAAGAAAUCUGUUUCUCUUGAGAUCAACAUGUUGCAGUUCUUCUACGCAUAUAUCCAACAAGCAUCUGUGCAACAGCUUCUGGAUUCUAAGCAGUCAUUAUUGUCUUUAUUAAAAGAAGGUCAAGCAUUAAACCUUUCACCACCUGGAUUAUUUCUGUUGUUAGAGAUUUUGAAUGAAUUUGUACAAAGGAUACCAAGUAUGGAAGAUAGAAAAAGCCAAAAAGAUAUUCAGGAUAUUGCUCAAAAGCUUGUAGAAGCAGUGAGCACAGUGGCAGGUCUAUGUUUAGAACAAACUACUUGGCUUCGAAGAAAUCUUGCAGUGAAACCAGGACCUCAAACUGAUAUUCUAGAAACUGAAGAAGGUGAAGCAACUGAAGAAAGUGAUGUAGAAUUGGCAAAUAUGGCCGAAAGGAAAGUCAUUGAGCCUCAACUUUAUUCAAAUACAGAUGUGAAAUACUGUGUACAGGCUUUAACCAUAUUGGCUGAGCUGACGGCCCCUCUCUUGGAUGUUGUUUAUGGCAGCGAUGAGAAGGAAAGAAUAGCCUCAUUCCUAACUUCUAUUAUGUACAAUGUCUUCCCAUAUUUGAGAAAUCAUAGCGGCCACAAUAUACCCAGCUUCAGAGCAGCUUCCCAGCUUCUAUCCAGUAUUAGUGGUUACCAGUAUACACGAAAGGCUUGGCGAAAGGAAGCAUUUGAUUUGCUGAUGGACCCUAGUUUUUUCCAAAUGGAUUUGAAGUGCUUAUGUCACUGGAGCAUUGUUAUUGAUAACCUGAUGACUCAUGAUAAAACUACUUUCAAAGACCUGAUGUCCCGUGUUGCCAUAACACAAUCUGGUUCCCUGAAUCUCUUCAGUAGCAAGGAACAAGAAUUUGAGUUACGUGCCCAGAUGCUGAAGCGGUUAUCUUUUACCAUUUUAAGUAGUGAAUCAGAUCAGUAUCAAAGAAACAUGCCAGAUAUUCAAGAGCGUCUUGCUGAAUGUCUAAGAACACCUCAAGUGCCAUCUGUUAUGUCACAAGUAUUUCUCUGUUUCCGUGUAUUAAUACUUAGAAUGUCUCCACUUCAACUGACUUCACUUUGGCCAAUUAUUAUCACUGAAAUGGUGAAUGUAUUUCUACAAAUUGAACAAGAAUUAUCAACAGACACAGAUGAAUUCAGAGUUUACAUCAAGACUCGUUCCAGAGCUCAACUACAGAGGAUAGCUGCUCUUGAAUCAAGCUGGGCUCAUCUCGGGAAUGGUCUGAAUGCUCACAACAAUCCAAUUUGGCUUCAGCUCUAUCUAAGUGUGUGUAAAUUGCUUGACAUGGCAUUAAUCCUACCAGCAGAUAUUAUUCCUCAAUUUCAACUCUACAAAUGGGCUUUCACAGGUGGACCUAGUAUUGAAGAUGACCAUCACGAAGAUCCAAAGCAGAACCCUAAGAUAAAAAGUUUUGUCUGUCAUGUAACUCGAAUCAGUAAACUCCUCAACAGUCGAAUACAAGGGGAACCCUCAAGCCUAAAAGUUGUUCAAGGACAGCCACUACUUAAUAUGAGCCAUAUUAGAUCUCUAAUGGAAUUACAACCAUUUUUUAAUGCUCUUUAUCAAGAAUCAAAAGGUUCAAAAUCUACUAGUCCUUCAUCUUUGAUACCCUCUGAGACAUUACUAACACCAAGGUCUUUCAUUCCUAAAUCUCGGUCUGCACCAGAAUUUGAUUAUCGAACCACAGUAAACUCUGAAAUACUUCCUUCCAGCAAUUUUUGUCCUUUAAACAACCAACAAGUCAUUGAAGAAUAUGUUAAAAAAGAUUUCUUAGAGUUUUUCCCUCCAUCAUAAAUAUGCUUAAUUCAGUACAAAUUGUAAAUGAAAAAUCAAACUGGGUUCUUGUUCAGUUUGUAACUUGUUUUUAUUUAUGUUACCUUCCUCUUAGGGAUAAUGUAUUGGUAUCCAACCAGACUUGUCUCAAAAAAAUUUAUAAUGUGAAAAAAAAAAGCAACAGAGAAAUAUUCUUUUUUAUUUUGUUGAAAACAUGCCAGUAUAGAAACACAGAUAUAUAAAAACAUUUAUCAUAAGAACUUUGACAAUCUGGUGAAACUGUAAAUUAAAACUAUUUCUGCUGUGUUUUUACCAUGAGCAUGAUCAUAUGUAUCAAAUUUAAUAAAAAUAUGUAAAAACAGAGA